AUCAAGUUUGCCUAUGCAGGUCACAUGACUGUAAAAUGGCUUCCAAAGAAAUUGGUCCUAGAAAAACUGAUCAUUCAACGAUUCAUACAAAUAUUGAAUCAGCAAAACACUGUUUGGAUCUUGCUAGAGAACAGCUGCUUUUCAAACACUUUGAUGAUUGCAUCAAAACAUGCGAAAAAGGAAUAGUUAAAGCUAAAUUAGAAUAUAAUGGAAGUCCAGAUAUUGUAGAAGCACUAUGUAUUGUUGGCAUACAGGCAUAUGCAGAGCUAAAUCAUUGGCAACAGGUCCUUCCUUAUGUACAGAAUGUGUAUACAAGUAUUGAAGAAUGUCCAUUUAGAGUAGUUCAGCUAUGUGUUUUACUUCAUGCCAAAGUAGAAGAGUAUUCACAGUGUUAUGCAAUUGCUAGCAUUUGGCUGAAAGAUGUCAAAAACCAGAACAAUCCUGAUUACUUGACAUUAGUUGAAUUAUAUAUAUUGAAUGUUUUGGUUCCAAGACAACAAAACAAUCUCAUUGAGUCUUUUGUGGAAGCUUGUCCAGGGCUGAAUUAUGAACAGAGGAAAAUGCUGUGCAAUAAUUAUAAAAAUUUCGAAUUUAAAUUCUCUUCAAAACAGGAGAAUCCUGAACAUGAAUAUAAUACAAAAGGGGAGAUAAUCAAGGAACAAUCUCCAAAUAUUGUGAAAGAUACUUGGCUGAUUGAUGUUAUAAAGAAUAUAAAGUUUGCCAUCUUUGGUAGUGCACCAUUGUACAGCUUUAAACUAAUCAAGAUGACCAUCAUUGCUGUGUGUCUAUAUUUAGUAACAAUAGGUCAUCAGAGAGGAUUUCUGACUAGCAAUUUCAGCAAAGUUGGUAUACUGUUCCAAGGAAUGGUAAAAGUAUUCAAGUCAUUGUUUGGACCUGUGAGUUACACAAUGAGAUGAAGAGAGACAUGUCAUCUGUGUUGUAAUGUAUCACUUCAUUCAAGUAUAGAUGCAGGCUUCAAUGUCGCCAUGGUAUGACAGGUGCUAUCAAGAUUAUCCUAAAUGUGUCAAAAAAGUGUCAACUUCUUAUAUGUAAAAGUUAGGAAAUGAUGUUUUUUAUCCUAUUCAGAAUUAGUGUACUUUACCCUAUUCAGAAUUAGUGUACUUUACCCUUUUCAGAAUUAGUGUACUUAACCUUAUUCAAAAUUUGUGUACUUCACCUUAUUCAGAAUUUGUGUACUUUACCUCAUUCAGAAUAUGCGUACUUUACCUUAUUUAAAAAUAUGUGUACUUUACCUUAUUCAGAAUCAGUGUUCUUUAUCUUAUUCAGAAUCAUUGUACUUUACCUUAUUCAGAAUUUGUGAACUUUACCUUAUUCAGAAUUUGUGUACUUUACCUAAUUCAGAAUUGAAAACUUUGUAAUGUAUAAAACGAAAUUUCAAGUAGGUAAAGAAAUUUUAGUGUUGUAUAGUAAGUUUAUGAGAUUGUUACUUACGGCAGAUAUUUUCAAAGGUAUCAAAUUUUGUGGAUUCAAGCAAAAGAGUGUAUUAAUGGAUUCUUAAAUUCAUGGUUUUUUUUUAAAUGUCAUAUCACUUGAUGCAAAAUAAUCCAUUAUUGGAAUAUGAACAUGGCUUUGUUUCCAAAGCUAAAAAAGGAUGUCAUAUUAGAAUGCAAAAUAAUCCAUUUAAAUGCAGCCUUUACAAAGACGGAUUUAGGGGGGAGGGGCCUGCCCCCCCCCCCUUU